AGGGAAGGAUUGUACAUGGAAGAGCAAGGGUGCGAGGUGAAGCUAAAGAGAAAGUGGGGGCUUCAGGGGACACCCUGGGUUCGGGGAAAAGGGAGAAGAUGGUGCUUUUGGUAUGGCAAAGAAAAAGAAGUUGGAAGAGAGCGCGGGUCUGAGGCACAGCAAAAAGUGGGUGUUAACGGGAAAACUGCCCUAGAGUUUGGGGGACUUUUUUUUCCAGCUUCCUUUCCAAGACUUUUUCUUUGCUCCAUUUUGCUCCUCCCCCUCCUUCCCGCCUCCUCCACUCCCCCCUCCUCCUCCUCGCGCGGUAAUGGGAGGCUCCUAGGCAGGAGAAGCAAAAGAAGGAAUUGUUUGCGAGUUCAGUCAUCCAAAAAGCUUCUUCCAUAUGGAGGGACCGGGUGCGCUGGGCGCCGCGUCCCCUACCUUGUCCUCCCGCUGCCGCCGCCGCGGCCGCCGCUUCCUGCCGCGGGGACCCUGAGCCCCGGCCCGCCGGUGUCAGCCGCCGCGCACGCACAGACACACACACACAGACACACACACGCACACACAAACACACACAGAAGAGACACACACGCGCACACCCUCACGCCCGCCACAGCCACACGCGCCGGCAGGCGCCCUCCCUCUCCGGCCGGCAACUUUUCCGUCCGCGGCUCCUUUGUUGCUCCAGCCGCGGCCGUUCGCCCGUGUUGUGUGUCCCCGGUGUCACCGUGCGUGUUGUGUGUCCGUGCGGCGCGGCGCUGUGUGGCUCCGUCUGCGCCCACCACGCUGGCCCCCGGGCCCCGGCUCGCCCUCCCCAGGCGCCGGCUGCAGCAGAGUUUCAGAACAAGCUUCCUGGAACCCAUGACCCAUGAAGUCUUGUCAACAUUUAUGCUGUCUGAGGGUAGCAGCUCGAAAGUAGAAGAAGUAGAUCUCCAGGACUUCAAGUUAGAUGUGCAGCACGUGAUUGAAGUGGAUGAGGGAAACACAGCAGUCAUUGCCUGCCACCUGCCUGAGAGCCACCCCAAAGCCCAGGUCCGGUACAGCGUCAAACAAGAGUGGCUGGAGGCCUCCAGAGGUAACUACCUGAUCAUGCCCUCAGGGAACCUCCAGAUUGUGAAUGCCAGCCAGGAGGACGAGGGCACGUACAAGUGUGCAGCCUACAACCCAGUGACCCAGGAAGUGAAAACCUCCGGCUCCAGCGACAGGCUACGUGUGCGCCGCUCCACCGCUGAGGCUGCCCGCAUCAUCUACCCCCCAGAGGCCCAAACCAUCAUCGUCACCAAAGGCCAGAGUCUCAUUCUGGAGUGUGUGGCCAGUGGAAUCCCACCCCCACGGGUCACCUGGGCCAAGGAUGGGUCCAGUGUUGCCGGCUACAACAAGACGCGCUUCCUGCUGAGCAACCUCCUCAUCGACACCACCAGCGAGGAGGACUCAGGCACCUACCGCUGCAUGGCCGACAAUGGGGUUGGGCAGCCCGGGGCAGCGGUCAUCCUCUACAAUGUCCAGGUGUUCGAACCCCCUGAGGUCACCAUGGAGCUGUCCCAGCUGGUCAUCCCCUGGGGCCAGAGUGCCAAGCUUACCUGUGAGGUGCGUGGGAACCCCCCGCCCUCCGUGCUGUGGCUGAGGAAUGCCGUACCCCUCAUCUCCAGCCAGCGCCUCCGGCUCUCCCGCAGGGCCCUGCGCGUGCUCAGCAUGGGGCCUGAGGACGAAGGCGUCUACCAGUGCAUGGCCGAGAACGAGGUCGGGAGCGCCCAUGCCGUAGUCCAGCUGCGGACCUCCAGGCCAAGCAUAACCCCGAGGCUAUGGCAGGAUGCUGAGCUGGCUACUGGCACACCUCCUAUACCACCCUCCAAACCCGGCAACCCUGAGCAGAUGCUGAGGGGGCAACCGGCGCUCCCCAGACCCCCAACAUCAGUGUGGCCUGGUUCCCCACAGUGUCCAGGAGUGAAGGGGCAGGGGGCUCCCGCCGAGGCUCCCAUCAUCCUCAGCUCGCCCCGCACCUCCAAGACAGACUCAUAUGAACUGGUGUGGCGGCCUCGGCAUGAGGGCAGUGGCCGGGCACCAAUCCUCUACUAUGUGGUGAAACACCGCAAGCAGGUCACAAACUCCUCUGACGAUUGGACCAUCUCUGGCAUUCCAGCCAACCAGCACCGCCUGACCCUCACCAGACUCGACCCCGGGAGCUUGUAUGAAGUGGAGAUGGCGGCUUACAACUGUGCAGGCGAGGGCCAGACAGCCAUGGUCACCUUCCGAACUGGACGGCGGCCCAAACCCGAGAUCAUGGCCAGCAAGGAGCAGCAGAUCCAGAGAGACGACCCUGGAGCCAGUCCCCAGAGCAGCAGCCAGCCAGACCACGGCCGUCUCUCCCCCCCAGAAGCUCCCGACAGGCCCACCAUCUCCAUGGCCUCCGAGACCUCGGUGUACGUGACCUGGAUUCCCCGUGGGAAUGGUGGGUUCCCGAUCCAGUCCUUCCGUGUGGAGUACAAGAAGCUAAAGAAAGUGGGGGACUGGAUUCUGGCCACCAGCGCCAUCCCCCCAUCGCGGCUGUCCGUGGAGAUCACAGGCCUAGAGAAAGGCACCUCCUACAAGUUUCGAGUCCGGGCUCUGAACAUGCUGGGGGAGAGCGAGCCCAGCGCCCCCUCUCGGCCCUACGUGGUGUCGGGCUACAGCGGCCGCAUGUACGAGAGGCCCGUGGCAGGUCCUUAUAUCACCUUCACGGAUGCGGUCAAUGAGACCACCAUCAUGCUCAAGUGGAUGUACAUCCCAGCAAGUAACAACAACACCCCAAUCCAUGGCUUUUAUAUUUAUUAUCGGCCCACAGACAGUGACAAUGAUAGUGACUACAAGAAGGAUAUGGUGGAAGGGGACAGGUACUGGCACUCCAUCAGCCACCUGCAGCCAGAGACGUCCUACGACAUUAAGAUGCAGUGCUUCAAUGAAGGAGGGGAGAGUGAGUUCAGCAACGUGAUGAUCUGUGAGACCAAAGCUCGGAAGUCUUCUGGCCAGCCUGGUCGACUGCCACCCCCAACUCUGGCCCCACCACAGCCGCCCCCUCCUGAAACCAUAGAGCGGCCGGUGGGCACUGGGGCCAUGGUGGCUCGCUCCAGUGACCUGCCCUAUCUGAUUGUCGGGGUCGUCCUGGGCUCCAUCGUUCUCAUCAUCGUCACCUUCAUCCCCUUCUGCUUGUGGAGGGCCUGGUCUAAGCAAAAAUAUACAACAGACCUGGGUUUUCCUCGAAGUGCCCUUCCACCCUCCUGCCCAUAUACUAUGGUGCCAUUGGGAGGACUCCCAGGCCACCAGGCCAGCGGACAGCCCUACCUCAGUGGCAUCAGUGGACGGGCCUGUGCUAAUGGGAUCCACAUGAAUAGGGGCUGCCCCGUGGCUUCAGUGCGCUACUCAGGCAUGAAGCCGCAGCAGCACUGUCCAGGCGAGCUUCGGCAGCAGAGUGACACCAGCAGCCUGCUGAGGCAGACCCAUCUUGGCAAUGGAUAUGACCCCCCAAGUCACCAGAUCACGAGGGGUCCCAAGUCUAGCCCGGACGAGGGCUCUUUCUUAUACACACUGCCCGACGACUCCACUCACCAGCUGCUGCAGCCCCAUCACGACUGCUGCCAACGCCAGGAGCAGCCUGCUGCUGUGGGCCAGUCAGGGGUGAGGAGAGCACCCGACAGUCCUGUCCUGGAAGCAAUGUGGGACCCUCCAUUUCACUCAGGGCCCCCAUGCUGCUUGGGCCUUGUACCAGUUGAAGAGGUGGACAGUCCCGACUCCUGCCAAGUGAGUGGAGGAGACUGGUGUCCCCAGCACCCCAUAGGGGCCUACGUAGGACAGGAACCUGGAAUGCAGCUCUCCCUGGGGCCACCGGUGCAUGUGUCUUUUGAAACACCACCUCCCACAAUUUAGGCAGAAGCCAAUAUCCCAGAAAGACUAUAUAUUGUUUUUUUUUUUUUAAAGAAGAAAAAAGAGACAGAGAAAAUUGGUAUUUAUUUUUCUAUUAUAGCCAUAUUUAUAUAUUUAUGCACUUGUAAAUAAAUGUAUAUGUUUUAUAAUUCUGGAAAGACAUAAGGAAUCCUACCCGUUGAGGUUGGAGAGGGAAAAUAAAGAAGCUGCCACCUAACAGGAGUCACCCAGGAAAGCACCGCGCAGGCUGGCGCGGGACAGACUCCUAACCUGGGGCCUCUGCAGCGGCAGGCGAGGCUGCAGGAGGCCCACAGAUAAGCUGGCAAGAGGAGGAUCCCAGGCACGUGGUUCAUCAUGACCCUAAGGGAAAGGCAAGGGUCACAGCAUCACAGCCUGGAGACACCCACACAGAUAGAUGGCUGGAUCCGGUGCUACGGGAAACAUUUUCCUAAGAUGCCCAUGAGAACAGCCCAAGAUGUGUACAGCACUAUGAGCAUUAAGAAACCUUCCAGAAUCAAUAAUCCGUGGCAACAUAGCUCUGUAAAAACAAACACUGUAACUUCUAAAUAAAUGUUUAGUCUUCCCUGUAA